ACCAGUGAAAGUAUAGGAAAAACAAUUUGUUACGCAUGUGACAUUCAAGAACGAUUCGUAACAAAAGAAUGGACGUGAAUUAAACAGUAACAUGUGCAAAUACUAGACUUCGGUGUAUUCGAAAAAAAAGUAUCAACAAUAUGAUGAAUUAAUGCUUCCAUUACGAAAGCAUCGUGAAAAUCAAUUCAACGCAACGCAUCUACUCAAGCCGAAACGUUAGGUAUAUUUUUCACCAAGCAGAUAUCAAUUCGAUAAGAGAACAUAACCAUGACAAUUGGAAGGUGGUUGCCACCAAGAUGACCUUGAGGAAACCGAUAACCACGUUUUCGUGGCUAUUACGAUCGUACAAGAGGCGAAGAUUUAAGCACGAAUGGAUUACGUUUGUGUUUAUCUGCCUUGUAGCAAGGUGUUCAGCCAGGAACAAUCCACCGCGGUUUCUCAUCGACGGUCAGACGGAAAUUGUUCUGAGAUUGAAGGAAGGUUCCGAUACACCUGUUGGCAGUUUAAUUUACAGGCUUCGUGGCAUCGAUCCUGAUGGUGACAGCCUGACGUUCGGUGUUAGAGACCAACCUGGCAGCGACGUGAUUCGGGUCGAGAAUUUUAGUCCGAAUGAGGCCAAUAUUUACCUGAACAAAUUACUGGACAGAGAGGCUAGGGAUGAAUAUGCAGUAGUCUUGACCCUGACAGACGGAAGGCUCGGAGAGGGCAACUUCAUCACCCAAAGUUUGCUAUUGCUGGUGGAAGAUGUUAAUGACAACGUACCGAUAUUUCGUCCGCAUCCAACGUCUCUGACAAUACGGGAAGAUUCUGGACCGGGUAUUUUAACUACUGUCGAAGCCACCGAUACAGAUUUGGGGGUACAUGGCCAGGUGGUUUACUAUCUGCAGGAACUUGACGGUGAUAAUGACGUGUUCAGCAUUUCAACUAUUAACGGGAAAGGUGUCAUCCGUCUUGUCGGGCGUUUGGAUUACGAGAAGAAAUAUUUGUACCAACUGAGGAUUUUGGCGAUUGAUCGAGCAAUAAAUGAAAAGGUAAAUACCGGAACAACUGCGAUACUCGUUAAGAUUCAGGACGUCGAAGAUCAACCACCAGAAUUCAUAACCAUGACGCCUGUUGCUAGGAUCAGUGAAAAUGCCCGGAUAGGCACUUCAGUUCUUCAAGGUCAGUAUGAAGCAGAAUCUUUACUGUCCGAUAAAACG